CGGCCAUCUCCAGACUCUGCUUCUUUCACCAUCAACGCCAGACUAUCAACACGUUCUGACUACGUCGUUGAUCCCAUUUUAAUCAGGUCGCGCUCCCUCGCGUCAUUUUUGCAUAAUUUUUCUCGUCCCUCCCUCUCUCUCAAUUCCUCUUCUCAACAACUUGUCACAUCCAUCAUGGCGCGCACCAAGGAAGACGUUGUCGCGACAUCGCCUCGCGUCGCCAAGUCGUCUGCUGGCGUUAGCAAAGAUACCGAAACUCCUGUGAAGCGUGGCCGCGGUAGACCUCGCAGCGCCGCUCCUAAGCCCCCCUACGUCCCUAGCGGUCGUCCUCGUGGUCGUCCCAAGGGAAGCACCAAGGCCUCGACCGCGAAGAAGGCUGCUCUCGAAAAAGCAGUUGGCCUCGCCAAGAAGACCGCAUCAACGGAUGCGACUGGCGCUAAGCGAGGACGUGGCCGACCUCGCAAGAAUGCCCAACCCGAGGCCGAAUCUACAACCCCCAAGUCUGGCAAGAAGCGUGGCCGGCCAAGCAAGAAUGCCACUGAGAGCCCAGCUGCUCAAGAUGAGGCCGAGGACGACAACGAGGAGCCUGAGCCCGUUGAGGCUGCUGAGCCAGUGGAGGAUGCCAACGCCGAUGAUGAAUCGGAUGGUGACAUUCCCACAGCUGGCCAAGAGGAGUCGGCCGACAAGGAGUUGCCGGAUGAUGACUUGUCCAACUAGAGUGCUGGACGGCGACGUCUGCGCAGAGGAUAGCAUGGGCCAUGUCUAUUCCUAGGACGGAUUAUACUCUAUAUAAAUGCCAGGCGGCUUUAUUUGGCUCUGGCAUCAAGCUGUGAUGCUGGGCAAUGUAAUGGUAUCAGGUUUAUGGGCGGUAUAGGGGGUUACUGGUUUUACUAUGCAGAGGAGUUUUGUGUUAUUUAUUGAUCGAGGCUGGGAAAAGCCGGCUCUUUUCACUACUUGAUGGUUUCCUUUGC